AUUUCCACUGCAGCCAGGGUCGGAAGAUCAGAACGACGUUUUGAGUUGGUGGGUCCAGUGCCGAUGACAUCGAUCACUAGGAAACCAAAUCCGCUCCAUCAGCCACGUAUGCAAAACAACGUACGACUGCACACACCUAAUCCAUUCUCUCAUGCUGAUUGAAUGUUUGGUGGCGUUUCGUGGCUUGCCCGAUGAGAUGAUCAUCAAAUCACCCACUGUUUUGAGCACAGAAGAGAAUGUUGAUGGGUCAUGCAGAUAGUCUAUCAGAACUUCGAUCGUCAAAGGAUCAGCUACUUGCUGAUCCUGAGGAGCUGGAAGAUGAUUUCCAUUUAGAUAGUUCUGAACCGAUAUUGUACACAGCUUCCUUUGAAGAACUUGCAAGAAACAAUCUUCAGUAUGACACCAUUAUAUGGGUUUCUAUAUCAUUGUUGCUGGUUUUGGCCUGGGGUGUUGGCAUCAUCAUGUUGCUCUACCUCCCCAUUAGAAGAUAUGUGCUUCAGAAAGAUAUUUCGUCACGCAAACUGUAUGUCACACCUAGCGAAAUAGUUUACAAGGUCUCAAGGCCUUCUUUCAUACCCUUUUGGGGCAUAACAACAAUUGAGAAACAUGUACUGCUUUCCAAGGUGAUUGAUAUUAUAAUUGAACAAGGCUGGUUGCAAUCAGUUUAUGGCAUCUAUACCUUUAGAGUUGAAAGUGUAGCACAUGGAAAAGCUGCACCUGUUGAUGAACUACAGGUUCAAGGGGUUGCAAACCCUGCACUUCUGAGAAAGGUCAUCGUAAGAGAAGCUGCAAAGGCAAUACAGGAUGUUGGUAAAAGUUGGAAACUUUCUACCGUCACUGGUGAAGUGGAAACUAUAUCUCGAAAGACAUCAUUGACAGAAGGGCAACCUAUCCUAAGAUCACCGGCCAAAACUAAGAAGAUGGCAGCUUCACCGCAUCAUUCUUCUGUGGAGCGCAGAGCAGUGAUGCCUGGAGAGUUGUUUCUGCAAAAACUUGAUGAAGUCAAUAAAUCAGUAAAGAAAAUUGAGUUGCUCAUUGAGAAGUCCCAUGCUUCCUCAGAAAGCAGCUGAGAUGCCAUGUUGCGGUCGUGGUAGCAGAAGCCAGAAAGUUUCCAUUUGUAUGAAAUGCAGAGUUGAACUUCAUAUCCUCAAACUUCAGAGACUUCCUUUUUUUUUUGUAAAUAGUAGCGAUAUAUUCAUGUUCAUUAAUUCAAUUGUUAUUCAACAGAGUCCCAAAUUGUUGUUUGCAUUGAUUCUGCAUAUCGUAUUCUAAACAUGAUUAUUCCUUCU